CAACAUGCACCAGCAGUACGGUAAGACCCACUGAGAGUGGAACGCGGGCCAGACUUGACAUUUGAAAAGAAAACUUAAAGCAGAAACCGUGAAGAAACUGUGCAGAUUGGAUACAAAUAUGAGAGUACAGUUCGGAGGCGACUCAGGAUAAUAGCUGCAUAUUUUCUUUUAGGAUUUGUGACCCAUUGGAUUAAACAUGAAGAGAGCAGCACAAGCAUCAGACGAGCCUCUGAAGAAGAGGAAGACGGCCCGUGAGGAAUCGUCCGAUGAAGAUGAGGAGUCUUCUCAAAGAACCACCAGUCAGGACUCGAGUCAGAGUGAAUCUCUCAGUGAUGUUGAGGAUCAUAAACCCAGUUUCUCCAGGCCAUCUGAUUCCCAAAAUUCUCAAGGCAGCAUGGCCCAUAAUGAAGCCUCUAACAAAUUUGCGAUGUACAAUAAUGUCUCUCAGAAACUCAUGGCCAAAAUGGGUUUCCGAGAAGGCGAGGGUUUGGGAAAGUAUGGUCAGGGCCGGAAGGAGAUUGUGGAAGCGUCGACUCAGCGUGGGCGCCGGGGUUUGGGUCUGAUGCUGAAGGGCUUUCAGGGUGACCUAAAUGUAGACUGGGAAGAUGAGCCGGAGCCGAGUGCUAUAGAACAGGUGUCGUGGUUUCCAGAAAGUUCUCCAGAGAUCCCAGAUUCGGAUGAGCUGAGGGAUUGGAUGACCAUUGGAGAGAAAAAAUUAAAAAUUGACGAUGAAAUCGAGUUUUGCUCAGAGAAUCUGCUGCAUCUCCUUCUCCGCUGUAAAACUGUGUUUGAUGACUUGGAAGGUGAGGAGAUGAGGCGAGCGCGCACUCGAUCAAACCCGUAUGAAACCAUCCGAGGGGCUUUUUUUCUUAACAGAGCUGCUAUGAAGAUGGCGAACAUGGAUCAUGUUUUUGACUAUAUGUUCACCAACCCAAAAGACUCUCAAGGGAAAGUCCUGACGCGUGAUAAAGAGGGUGAAUUGCUGUAUUUCGGAGACGUUUGCGCAGGACCGGGAGGAUUCUCGGAGUAUGUGUUGUGGCGACGGCGCUGGCAUGCUAAAGGUUUUGGGAUGACACUUAAAGGAGCAAAUGAUUUCAAGCUGGAAGAUUUCUAUGCUGCACCUAGUGAGCUCUUUGAGGCCUAUUACGGUGAGGGUGGGAUCGAUGGCGAUGGUGACAUCACACGGCCCGAGAACAUCAGUGCGUUUCGUAAUUUUGUCUUGGACAGCACUGAGGGCCGGGGCCUGCACUUCUUAAUGGCGGAUGGGGGCUUUUCUGUGGAGGGACAAGAAAACCUUCAGGAGAUUCUGAGCAAGCAACUGCUCCUGUGUCAAUUUCUUACCGCCCUGUCUGUCGUCAGACCAGGAGGCCAUUUUUUGUGCAAGACGUUUGACUUGUUCACUCCGUUCAGCGUGGGCUUGAUUUAUCUGCUGUACCUCUGCUUCGAGAGGGUCUCGCUCUUCAAACCCGUCACCAGUCGGCCUGCCAAUUCAGAGAGGUACGUGGUGUGCAAGGGUUUAAAACCAGGCACGGAUGCCGUCAGAGAAUACAUGUUCACCAUCAACCUGAAGCUGAAUCAGUUCAGACACUCAGACAGAGACGUUAUUGAAGUCGUCCCUCUGGACAUCAUUAAAGGAGACACUGACUUCUUCCAAUACAUGAUCGGCUCCAAUGAAAGCUAUUGUGCGGUUCAGAUCAAAGCUCUGGCGAAGAUCCACGCGUACGUCAGAGAUACGACGCUGUUUGAGGCCAGGCAAGCAGACAUACGCAAAGAAUGCUUGAAAUUGUGGGGGAUCCCUGAUAAAGCAAGAGUCACUCCGUCAACGUCAGACCCCAAAAACAAGUUUUAUGAGCUUGUGAAGGGUUCAGAAAUGGACAGUUUUAACUCCAGACCUACUGCACUGAACUCUGUAAAUCUGGAGAAACUACAGCACGUGCUGGACUACAGGUGCAUUGUGGGAGGUGGAGAACAGCUUUUUCUCCUGGCACUUGGGAGAUCUCAGAUUUACACGUGGGACGGUAAAGCCCCUUCACGGUGGAAGAAACUGGAGAACUUCAAAAUGGAGCUUCCCAGAGACACAUUGCUGAGCGUAGAGAUCGUCCAGGAGCUGAAGGGAGAGGGAAAAGCCCAGCGAAGGAUCAACGCUGUGCAUGUUCUCGAUGCUCUUGUUCUCAACGGCACUGACGUCAGAGAUCAGCACUUCAACCAGAGAAUCCAGAUGGUGGAGAAGUUUGUGAAAGCCGUGUCCAAACCCAGCAGGCCCGACAUGAACCCGAUCCGAGUGAAGGAAGUCUAUAGGUUGGAGGAGAUGGAGAAAAUCUUUGUGAGGUUGGAAAUGAAGAUAACCAAAAGUUCAGGAGGGAUGCCGAGACUAUCGUACACAGGCAGAGAUGAUCGUCACUUCCUCCCGACCGGCCUUUACAUCAUCAAAACAGUGAAUGACCCAUGGACAAUGGCUUUCAGCAAAAGUUCUAAAAGAAAGUUUUUCUACAACAAGCAGACCAAAGAAUCCACUUACGAUCUGCCAGCCACUUCUGUGGCACCUUUCCACGUGUGUCAUCAAGACAGGCUGUUUUGGGCUUGGGAGGAAGGCGUCCGAGUUCACGACUCCCAGACGAGGAUCAACCCUGACAAGCUCUCCAAAGAUGAUGUGGUUUCCUUCAUCCAUAAGCACUAUCAACAAUAACCACACACAUGCACACACAAAGUAACAGACUGUUCAUUCUCCUGUCCACCAGGAGGCACUGUAGCUUUCAAAACAGUCCAGCAUUCUGCUCAGUUUCUACACACUUCAGGGCUUCAGAAAUAGACAGCAGUGUGUAUCUGCAUGUGUCUGGCAUUUCUAGAGGAGAAACUUAGAUCACACUGCUUUUCGCUUGUUGGUGUGUUUUUCUCCUGAACUUCAACCCCCCUCCACCCCACGCCCCUGAUUCCUCGUAUGAAUUUUUCCUCUGCUAAACCGUUCGAUUUUUAGAUCCAUCCCGUCAGUGCGAUAACCGCGUUUAACAAAAGCGCAUGGCGGUUAGCAUUGGCUCUACUGUGUUGCAUGUGUCGCCUUGCGCUCUUCAUUUUGGUUUGUAUUUCUUUUUUCAGUGUUUACAAAUAUUAGACUGACUGUUCUGAGGGGAAAACAUGUCGAUUUUAAGACUAUUCGUGAUCAUGGUUGUAUUAAAAUCAUGGAGGAAGAAUAUUC